AGCCGGGUGCUUAGUCACCGUGAGGCUGCGCUCGCCCGGGGCCCGCGCACCCCCUCCCCGGAGCGCCCGCGGGCCGCUCCCCUGCGCGCACUUCCGCGUGCAUGGCCCUGCUGCCCCGGGCCCUGGGCGCGAGCGCGGGGCCGAGCUGGCGGCCGGCGGCGCGCGCCUUCCCCGGCUUCCCGCGGCAGCGGCCCACCCGCGCGCUCUCCCGCGCCAUGGCCUGCAGGCAGGAGCCGCAGCCGCAGCGCCCGCCGCCCGCCGCCGCGGCCUCGUUCGACUACUUGGUGAUCGGCGGCGGCUCGGGCGGGCUGGCCAGCGCGCGCAGGGCGGCGGAGCUGGGCGCCCGGGCCGCCGUGGUGGAGAGCCACAAGCUGGGCGGCACAUGCGUGAAUGUUGGAUGUGUACCAAAAAAGGUAAUGUGGAACACAGCUGUCCACUCUGAAUUCAUGCAUGAUCACGUUGAUUACGGCUUUCAAAGUUGUGAGAGCAAAUUCAAUUGGCGGGUUAUAAAGGAAAAGCGUGAUGCCUACGUGAGCCGCCUAAAUACCAUCUAUCAGAAUAAUCUAACUAAGUCCCAUAUAGAAAUCAUCCAUGGCCAUGCGGCAUUCACGUGUGAUUCUGAGCCCACAAUAGAGGUCAAUGGGAACAAAUACACUGCCCCUCACAUCCUGAUUGCCACAGGCGGCGUGCCCUCCCGCCCUCAGGAGAGCCAGAUCCCCGGUGCCAGCCUAGGAAUAACCAGUGAUGGAUUUUUCCAACUGGAAGAAUUACCUGGCCGCAGUGUCAUCGUUGGUGCGGGUUACAUUGCUGUAGAGAUAGCUGGGAUUCUUUCUGCUCUGGGUUCAAAGACGUCACUAAUGAUACGGCAUGAUAAGGUACUUAGAAAUUUUGACUCCAUUAUCAGUUCAAACUGCACUGAAGAGCUGGAGAAUUCCGGCAUAGAGGUCCUGAAGUACUCACAGGUCAAGGAAGUUAAAAAGACAUCCUCAGGCUUGGAACUGUGCAUGAUUACUUCAGCUCCUGGUAGGAAACCCACCUUGACCACAAUUCCAGAUGUUGACUGCCUGCUAUGGGCCAUUGGGCGGGACCCAAACUCCAGUGGCCUGAAUUUAGACAAAGUGGGGAUUCAAACUGAUGACAAAGGUCAUAUCAUAGUAGAUGAAUUCCAGAAUACCAGCGUGAAAGGCAUCUAUGCAGUUGGGGACGUGUGUGGAAAAGCUCUUCUCACUCCAGUUGCCAUAGCUGCUGGCCGAAAACUUGCCCAUAGACUUUUUGAAUGCAAAGAAGAUUCCAAAUUAGACUAUGACAACAUCCCUACAGUCGUCUUCAGCCACCCCCCGAUUGGGACAGUGGGACUCACAGAAGAUGAGGCCAUUUAUAAAUAUGGAAAAGAAAAUGUGAAGACCUAUUCAACCACCUUUACCCCAAUGUAUCAUGCAGUUACCAAAAGAAAAACAAAAUGUGUGAUGAAAAUGGUUUGUGCCACCAUGGAGGAAAAGGUGGUUGGGAUCCAUAUGCAAGGAAUUGGGUGUGAUGAAAUGCUGCAGGGUUUUGCUGUUGCGGUAAAAAUGGGAGCGACCAAAGCUGACUUUGACAACACAGUUGCUAUUCACCCUACCUCUUCCGAAGAACUGGUCACACUUCGUUGAAAACCCAGAGACUUGUAUGGCCAGCAGGUGGACCAGUAGACCUAAAACGAACCAAAUAACAUGUUUUCUCACUGUUCCCAUUUUAUGUAUCUCUUUGUUGUAAUCAGAAUAUUCUGAUAGUGGAAAUUUUCAGUGCAUAAUAGAACUUAUGUAAUUAGAAAUUUGUUUUGUCAUCCAGGAUUGAUUUUCAUUUGAUUGCAUCUCACAGUAAUCAAUAUUUUAAAGGUGGUUGUUUUGUUUUGUUUUGUUUUUUUCCUUAUUAACAGCUCUUUGCUAGCUGUUUUUUUGUUUUGUUUUGUUCUAUUUUGUUUUUGUUUCAGCCUUAUCCCAGGUAGAAGACUAUAUGAAGUACAGGUAAUUAAAGUACUUGAAAGAAAUUAACUUGCUAAUUUUUAUAGAUGAAGAUGACAACAGCUCUUCACAUUUAGAUAAUGCAAGUGCACAGUCAUGUUAACUUUUGAAGCCAGUACUGUGCUCUGCAUAUUGCAAAGCUGCUUCAAAGAUGUGACCUUUUUCUAAAAGCAUAACAUGAGAGACCCACCUUCCCUAUUUUAUUUUAUUUUUGUUUAAAAUGAUUAAAAAUCGUGUUCCUUUUAUGAAGUGAAGUACAUCACACUUGGAAAAGAUGUGUGCCUCAUAAGUGAGGGACAUUUUGGAAGUAGUUUCUACUUUCAGAAGGAGAAGAAUUCAAAGUCUCUUCCUCUGCUAAGAGUUCAUAGUUCAAUGAAUGAUUUCAAUUUUUUAUGUGUUCUUGUCAUUUUUUUUCCUGAAAACUAUUUCCAAAAACCUGAAAAUAAAAGCAUAGCCUUUUCUUCUUAUAAAAUUUGUUAUUAUGGGCAGCCCUGGUGGCCCAGCAGUUUAGCGCCGCCUUCAGCCCAGGGUGUGAUCCUGGAGAUCCAGGAUAGAGUCCCACGUCGGGUUCCCUGCGUGGAGCCUGCUUCUCCCUCUGCCUGUGUCUCUGCCUCUCUCUCUCUCUCUCUCUGCCUCUCAUGAAUAAAUAAAUAAAAUCUUUCAAAAAAACCUGUUAUUAUGAAUUUAUAGCUAAUAGUUCAUUUUCUAAGACUAUUUCAUGUUGGAGAUUACAUGCUAAUAGUGAGCUACCUUAUGUAGGCUUAAGGCCUUAUGAGAGGUGGAUUUUUAUAGAUUGAGAGCAGUAUUCAAGAGAAACAUUUAGGGACACCUGGGUGGCUCAGUGGUUGAGUGUCUGCCUUUGGCUCAGGUCAUGACUUUGGGGUCUUGGGAUCGAGUCCCACAUUGGGCUCCCACAAGGAGUCUGCUUCUCCCUCUGCCUAAGUCUCUGCCUCUGUGUCUCUCAUGAA